UAACAUUUGGUGCAAUAUUUUUAUAUACGAUAUAUGCCAUAACUUGCUUCUUCAAUUCACGGGAUUUUAUUCCUGAAAAUCCAAAUAUGUAUAGUUUACCGGGAAUCGCAUUCAGUUCUCUCGUAUCGCUUAUCAUAAUUGUUGAUCCUGAUAACGUUCGAGAGUGGCUAUCAUUAGUUGGAUUCACUUUCAUCACCGAACUUAAUUAUUUAAUUUUAGGUUUACUUUACGUGAAGUUGCAAUACUCAUGGGCUAGAGCAGCAGGAGAAAUAACUUUGUUUGAUACACGUUUAUCACCAACUAUUAGAAUUUCAAUACACAUUCAUCGGCAUAUUUUAUAUUUAAACAUAUCAUUAAUAUUAGCAACAUUUAUUUUUCGUGUAUUAGAACAAACCAAUUCAAAUAUACAAGACAUGUUUAUUCCAUCAAUCAUGUGGGAAAUUAUUUUCAUUGUAUUGAUGAAUGUGGGAUUUUUAUUUGGUAUAUUUAUGAUAUUGGCUUUGGCGACUGAUCGUGAAGUCAAACAAAAAAUUGGUGAAUCUUUGGUUUUUAAAUUUUCAAAUAAAGCCGAUAGAAGCAAAGCAAUAAAGGUAUUUGUCAUCAUGAUGAUUCUUAUGUUUUCAUUUUCAUUCUUAACGAUAUCAAAUGUAUUGGUUUCAUCACUUUCGCCGACAGUAUCAAAUUUUUGGAAAUCAAGAGUAACUAGUGAUACAUCAAUUUCGUUAUCAAUGAUUUCAAUAUUAUUCUUGCUUCGAUCGAAGUCAUGCUCACGCUAUUUAGUUAAUCCAUCAUCAUCAUUACUUACUACACGUCCGUCAUCACGUUCAUUGGGACCUACACCCAAGCAGUUAGCAGAUGAUGAAAGAAGAAAUUCUGCAGCUUAUACAACACGUACAGCUGUAGUUCGUCCGGAGCCGUCUUACAAGAUGAAUUUGAAACGUAUUUCU